CCUCCAAAUUGUAUGAGACUUAGUCUGUCUUGUACCUUGCUUGUGGUUACUUCUUAUUUUUAAAUUCAUUGUUACUUAUUUAUCAUUUCCUCCUAAACCUUUGCAUAUGUUUCUCUGAUGCGUGGUCUAAAAAUUUUAAUACUCACUCAAUGAUAUAAGCAUUUACCCAAAAUAUGUGACAUAUGCAUAUACUUUAUAUGACCUAUGUAUGUGAACUGAUAAGAUAAGUAUUUUGAUAAAAUAUAUCAAAAGUAAAGUACAAUAGUACACACUAAACCUGAGUAGAGUGAGUUUGAAAACAGAUUAAUGCCACAGAGCUAUGCAAAGGAGAAUAAGAAAGUGAAAUAUAAAGAACAAAAUAGAAAGCAAGACUAGAAGUUGCAUGUAUAUGUAAGAGAGAAAGAGAGGAAAAGAUAACAUAGCACCUGUUAUAUGCUGAGUACAGUAAUAACAUUGAAAUAAACAUGUGUACUCCAGUGAGUGGACUAAAAGAGUUUAUAAAUAGUUACUUCCAAGGCAAGGAACCAUGGCAAAUAGUAACUAUAACAAGUACAACUGUCCUCACCUCUGUAUGGUUAUGGAAUUUUGUCUUCCAAGAUGAAACUCUUGUAGAACGAGCAAAGAAACAGAUGUUUAGUUUAAUGAGUUAUAUACCAGCUAUUAGAGAGAGAAUUGAUAAGGAAUUAAAUGAUAUUAAUCAAACAUUUGAACAACAAGCAUUAGAAAGAACAAAAGAUGCUCCUCCAUUUGUUGUAAGACUUCCCAUUAAGAGUUUAAAUUCAAAGGAAAUAUUAGAAAAAGUAACACAAUAUGUUAAGUUAGGUGAUUAUGACUGGCAAAGUGGUAAAGUAUCUGGAACUGUAUAUAGAAUUGAUACUGAUCUUCUACACUUAAUGGGAGAUAUUUAUAGUAUUGCAUCCUACACAAAUCCCUUACAUCCUGAUGUCUUCCCUGGCAUAUGCAAAAUGGAAGCUGAAGUUGUUCGAAUGGCUUGUAAUUUAUUUAACGGCGAUGAAGAAUCUUGUGGCACAAUGACCAGCGGUGGUACAGAAUCAAUUUUGUUAGCAUGCAAAACAUAUAGAGACUAUGCAAGGCAGGUAAAAGGUAUUAAGUAUCCAGAAAUGAUAAUGCCUACAACUGCACAUUCUGCUUUUGAUAAGGCUGCUCAGUACUUAAAAAUUAGAACGCGUGUAAUACCUGUAAAUCCACAUAGUUAUACUGCCUGUAUUAAAUCUAUGAAAAGAGCUAUUACCAGAAAUACAAUAAUGUUAGUAGGAUCAACACCAAACUUUCCGUAUGGAACAAUGGAUAAUAUUGAAGCAAUUUCUAAGCUAGGAGAAAAAUACAAUAUUCCAGUUCAUGUUGAUGCCUGUCUUGGUGGAUUUUUAAUUUGCUUCAUGUCAGAAGCAGGUUUUAAUGUACCACCAUUUGAUUUUAAACUACCUGGAGUAACUAGUAUCUCUGCUGAUACUCACAAGUAUGCAUAUGCUCCAAAAGGUUCUUCAAUUAUUCUUUAUAGGAAUAAAAAAUUGAGACAUUAUCAAUAUACUAUAACAACUGAUUGGCCUGGUGGUAUCUAUGGUUCUCCAACUGUAAGUGGUUCAAGAGCUGGUGGUAUCAUAGCAUCAUGCUGGGCUGCAUUAAUGUAUUUUGGUCACAAUGGAUAUUUAGAAGCUACAAAGAAAAUUGUAGACACUACUAAAUAUAUCGAGAAUAGAUUAAGAAAAUUAGAUGGAAUAUUUAUUUUCGGUACACCAGCUACCUCAGUUAUUGCAAUGGGAUCGAAUGUUUUUCAUAUUUACAAGCUUUCGGAAGGUCUUAAUGCGAAAGGAUGGAGUUUAAAUACUCUUCAGUUUCCUUCCGGUAUACAUCUUUGUGUUACUUAUGUUCACACGCAACCUGGUGUAGCUGACCAAUUUUUAGAUGAUGUUGAAACUGAAUUACGUUUAAUUUUAAAAAAUCCACAAACACCAGUUGAAGGAACGCUUGCAAUUUAUGGAAUGAGUCAAAGUAUACCAGAUAGAAGCAUCGUUGGUGAUUUUGCAAAAUCCUUUUUAGAUUCGAUGUAUUUUACACCUACUAAUCAUACCGCAAUUAGUAACGGUCCGAAGUAAUUAAAUUAAUUACGAUAUUCAUUAUUGCUCAAAACAUUGAUGAGCAAGAAUUAAUUCUAUGAAUUUUGUACUAUAAUUUUAUAUUGUAAGUUUAAAUAGAAAGUUUAGUCAGUGUCAUAAUAUUUCGAGAUCUAAUAUGCCUCAGUUGCUCAAACAAUGUGUAUAAAAUCAAAAUGAGUAUAACAUGGUGUGAUCGUUCAUAAAUAUUAGUCUAAAUAUAUUUUCUCUGUAUAUUUAUCAAACGAAAUGUGAAUGAAAUGUUUGUACGGUAUCGAGCAAAGUAGGCUUCGAUACUAUACCAUAGAAUUUUUAACUAUUUAUACAGGCAAUUUUGAAGUACAAAACUUUGUUUUAAGGCGAUACCUUUUUUAACAGUAUUUUUGCAAUAAAAUAUGGAAAUAGCUAGCAGAUAAAAAAACAGUCGCAUUCCAUAAUAGUUUUCUAGCAUACAUAUACAUAUGAACAGUCUGUGGCAAUAUACCUUACAAAACAAGUACAAUUUAAAUAGAAAUAUUUAUUGUAUUUUAUACGUUUUGUUUCUCAUGUUUAUUCUAACGUUGUGAACUAAAAAUGUUGUAACAAAAAUGAUGGAUAUAAAUUAUUACUAAUAAUAA